AUGGCCAGCGAGCCGCCGGGCGGCGGUCAGCAAAAGAAGCUGCAUCCGCUCUUCGCGCCGUCAAAGCCGAGCCGAAACGACAAUGAGGGAGUCAGUGCGGCGGGAAGCCAGGGCGUAUCCUUGCAGGCAGAACCUCAGCAGGCUUUUCAACAGCAGACUCUCGCAUUGCAGCCAAACCCGGAACAAACUGUUCCUCUUCCGACCUCACAGAUGCAUCCUCGGGAGCCGACUUCUCUGUCAGCAGCUUAUAUCUCCGUCCCACUGCCUCCGUUGCCUGCCACGGUCCCGCAUGAAACGCCCGCACUUGCACCGAAUGUUGCGGCGGCACCUGCACCUGCAGAAACACUGGCGGCAGUCCCAAUGAACGCAUUCCAAAAACUGCAGCAACCAAAACGGAAGCCAGAAGCUAGCUUGGCUGACGAACGCUCCGAGUCCAUCCCACCAGCCGCCGAGCCGAAGCGCCGUGGUAGGCCACCCAAGAAACGAAGGUCAUCGCCCCCGGCACAAAACCUGGCGGGCCUAGCACCGGUCGUGCCGGACACCAGCUCGCCCUCUCCUCUCAUACUCGGACUCGAUAACGGCGAGACACUGGUCGGGGGACUUACUGACAGCUCUGGCCUGCCGAGCACUGCCCAGUCAAGUACGGCCGCGAGCACACCCGCGAUAGAGACGGGCAACAGCACGGCCCCGGCAGAACAGCCAAAACGUCUGUUACAGUUCAACCCGAAAACAGGAACUAUCGGCUCUCCACCAAAGCCCAAGGAAAUGUCUGUCACCAAGUCUGGCAGGCCAAAGAGGAAAUCAGGCGGCACGAGCGCCAUCCCAACACCACUUAUCGUCCCGUACCCAUCGCAAGAUCCGGAGUCCCGGGCGCGUAUCAGCAACGUGAUCGCCUCCAUCUUAAAUGACGAACACAGGUUAUUUCCUUUGCGACCGCCUGCUGCAGGAUCUGCAAAUGGCAAAGAGGGAACAAAACCUGCUAAAUCUACCGCUGUUGCGGCUGCCAAACAACAACCCGCCGCCACUCCCGCAACGCCAAAACCGGCAACCAACACCUCUUCAAAGAACACCCACCCAUUCUUUACAGGCGGUGUCGCAAAGGUUUCCGCUGCAAAAGAUGCCACCUCAAACACCCCUACCACAGCCAAGUCUUCUGCUGGCGGAAGCUCCAUGAACUACUAUACCUCGACGCCCUGCUCGCCAAAGCGGCGUGGCCCUCAACCGUCGUCCGGGUUUAGGAUGCCUCAGUUUGGCACCAAGAGUGGCAUGUUGCGCGUGCCGGGGGCAUGCCACCCAGCUUGGCCGUGGAGGGGGGCCGUUCACGUCCAUCCCGAAGGAGAUACUGAUCCUACAACGGUUCGCGCUGCCAUGCCUAGCUCUCCCUCGUCGUUUCUCCCUCACAAGAAGCGAAAAGGCUACGCCGUUACGAUCGGUAAGGGAGAGUCCAUCCUAGAACAGCAGUUGCAAAGCUUAGGUGUCAAUCUGGUCAUCCAAGAUAUCCGUAACGCCAACUCCGACGAGUUUACUCCUGCCCCGCCGGAGCUUCGCCUCCCCCAGAAGCAUAUUGAGAGCGGCCCUAAGCUGCAGGCUCGCAUCACGCCGCAACUGCGCACAAAUCAUCCGGGCCUUAAAUCUCUUUUCGCUUCGAUCGCAACGACGUUGUCUGCAUUCGACCAACACCACUGCGAAUCUUUGAGCUGGGCCCAGAAAUACGCUCCGUCCUGCGCCGUUGAAGUCUUGCAGUCUGGCCCGGAACCAAUCAUUCUCAAGAACUGGCUGGAGGCCCUCAAAGUCGUUUCUGUCGAUACGGGGUCGGCAGAGCCCGUAGAAUCGAAGGCAGCAGCCGCAGCCGCAGCAAAAGGACGGACGAAGCGGAGGAAACAGAAGAACAAGCUUGACGGCUUCAUUGUUUCUAGUGACGACGAAGACGACAAUGGCGAGACCUCUGACAACGAGGCCGACUGGUCGCCCAGCGGCCGCCAUGGCCUCUUGAAGAAGACAGUCGUCCGUGCGGGCAACCUGCUUGACAAAGCUGGCCGUGCGGGUGCUAGGCUCACCAACGCCAUUGUCAUCAGCGGGCCCCAUGGGAGCGGAAAGUCAGCAGCAGUCUAUGCUGUCGCCAAAGAGCUGGGAUUUGAGGUCUUCGAGAUCAAUGCAAGCAGCCGUCGGAACGGCAAAGAUGUAAUUGACCGCAUCGGCGACAUGACCAGAAACCAUCUCGUCCAGCACAAAAACAAGAAGCUGUUCAAAGCGACCGCGCCGACUGAGCCCAUCGAUCUCGUGGAUGACUAUGAGCCGGAUCUGGAGGAUGCCGAUGGCGAUCCGGACCCGGACUUUCCCAUGGCCGAAGUCGAGAUGGCCCCGGCCGCCCCUAACAAGAAGCAGCCGACUAUGAGUUCGUUCUUCAAGCCGCAACAGCCACCAUCUACGACCACGAGCACAACGAAGAGGACAGCCCAGACGACAGCCGAAGGCAAACCGGGCCAGAAACAGUCACUGAUUCUUCUCGAGGAGGCAGACCUGCUGUACGAGGAAGACAAGCAGUUUUGGGCCACGGUUAUGAGCCUCAUCGUGCAAUCAAAGCGGCCAUUUGUCAUUACCUGCAAUGACGAGACGCUGAUCCCGCUGCACAAUCUGCGACUGCACGCCAUUCUCCGGUUCACACCUCCGCCCGCUGAUGCGGCCAUCGACCGUCUCAUCAUGAUUGCUGCCUGUGAGGGUCACGCCAUUCAGCGCAAGGCCGUGCAGUCUCUUUACGAGGUGCGCAAUCGCGACUUCCGGGCCUCGCUCACCGACCUCCAGUUUUGGUGCCAGAUCAGUGUCGGAGAUAGGCGCGGUGGCUUCGACUGGUUCUACCAGCGGUGGCCGGAAGGCAUCGACCGCGAUGAUGACCAGCACAUCAAGCGAGUUGUUAGCGAAAAUACGUACCAGGAGGGUAUGGGAUGGCUGAAUAACGACUCGGUGGCCGGCUCGGCCAAUGCCCGCACGAACGCACCAGCUUCGUACCGCGGUCAAGUCGAGGAGACCCUGGUAAAGCAAGCCUGGAACGACUGGCGGCUCGAUUUGGGCGACUGGCAGGACUCUCGCGCGCUUUCAUCUUGGGCGGCAAGUCAGUUGCCUUCUGACGACCGCAGUCACAGGCAGGAGCUGCUCGAAGCGUACGAAACAUUUUCCGAUGCCAUGAGCGAUGCCGACCUCGUGUCGUCCAUGGUGUUUGCGACAGGGGACAGAUUGCCAUUAGACGCGACGCAGCCCGAACUGCCGCACAAGGCGCAUGAAGACUACAUCCUAGGCCAGCAGCUGCUUGAACGGACAACCCCUGCCCAUGAGCUUGAUGAUCUGCGGCUGCCCAUGGCUACGGCCGUGCGCUGUAUUGCGAAGGGUAUCCUGCGUGAUGGUACAGCGAAAACGGGCGUUAACAACAACAAGAACAAUACUGACGCACGCGGUUGUCUGCGCAACCUCGACGAACCGGCCGUCAUGUCCGCCAUCCGCAAGGAGCAUGCUGAACCACAAGGACGAGUUGCCAGCGACACGCCGUCAGUCAGACGGAUCGACUUUUCACUGGCGUUCGAUCCGAUUGCCGUAGCCAGUACCGCAUCCAGCAGUGGCUUUUACUCUGGUUUCUAUGCGCCGACGCCGACAACGUCGACAUCAUCGUCCCAUCUUGAAGCGUCUGUCUUUGAUCGCAACCUGGAGCCCAUAGCGGUGGACGUUGCUCCCUUUGUGCGUGGCAUCGUCGCUUACGAAAGCCGCCUGCAAAAGCAACGCCAGAAGCUGAGUUCGUUCCUCUCCGAAGCGACCGGUCCCAACACGCCUGCGGCGUCUUCGGGCACUGCAGGAGCCAGCACGUCGGAUAGUGAUGCGACGGGCAGCGAGACAGCUGCAGCUGCAGCUGCAGCCGCAGCCGCGGCUGCUCGUCGUCGGCCGACCAAGCGAAUGCGUACAACCCGCACGGCCAUGUCAGCGCUCGAAGGCGGCUCACGGAGUGCCGUCCGUAAAGAGCGCUGGUUUGACGGUGCCGAGAUGAACCCUGUUCUUGUCAUGCGGACAGCCGGCGAUGAUUGGGCUGAUGUGGUCGAAGCAACUUUGGCGGAGCUGGGCAAAAAGGCAGCCGAAGCUGAUGCAAGAGACGCAGCAGCAUUAGCCGCAGCGCCGCCGCCGCCGCCUCUGGUCCCAGCGCUUGAUACGGUUAUGGAGGGUCUUGUCAGCACCGCGCCGUUUCCAUUGAUCGACCAGGCACGGCCAGAAGGACAGCAGAGCGUCCCGGGAAGCGAGACUGGACCGGCUCGCACCAACCGGCGCCACGAUUUGAUUGUUUCGUCACCAGGAGGGCCAGAACAUACCGAGGCAGACUCCUAG